CAACACUCGACCGCCAGUAUUGCCAGACAACCGGCGAACACGUUUUAUUUGUUUCGGCGAAAUAAAUAAACGUUGCUUUACUUUUUUUUUUAACUUAAUCGCUUGAUAAAGCAGCACUAGCUCAAUCUUGAUAAAUGGGACGAAACAAGAAGCAAAAUCCCUUUGCGGCCCGCAAACGUCAAAAGCGGGAGAACGGUCCCGAGCGCCCCGAUCGCAGAGCUCUGCCGUACGAGGAGAUAAAGAGGGACAAUGCCUUCUUCAUCAAGUACUACCACCUGCAGAAGAUCUGCUCCAGCGAGGAGGAGUGGUCGCAGUUCCUCGAGUCCAUCAGGGACAACCUGCCCACCACUUUCCGGGUGACGGGAUUCAAGGACGAGGCCAAGGCCCUGCUCUCGAUCAUAGAGACGCAGCUGUUCACCGAGUAUGUACGGGCGGUGGCCGAGCUGCACCAGAAGGCGCCCGAGGAGGUGGAGCGUCCGCUGUGCCUGCCCUGGUAUCCCAACGGGCUGGCCUACCAGCUGCACCUCACCCGCAAGGACAUUCGCCGCUCGGAGCCGCUCUACCGGCUGCACAACUUCCUCAUUGUGGAGACAACGGCGGGCGGAAUCAGCCGGCAGGAGGCCGUCUCCAUGAUCCCCCCGAUUGUCCUCGAUGUCCAGCCCACGGACAAAGUUCUGGACAUGUGUGCCGCGCCGGGCUCCAAGACGGCCCAGCUGAUUGAGGCUCUGCAUGCUGCCCCCGAGGAGCACAAGAUCCCGCCCGGCUUUGUGCUGGCCAACGAUGUGGACAACAACCGCUGCUACAUGCUUGUCCACCAGGCCAAGCGCCUGAACUCGCCCUGCCUGCUGGUGACCAACCACGACAGCAGCGCCUUCCCCAAUAUGCUGACCACCCAGCCGGAUGGCUCCAAGGCCAUCCUCAAGUUCGACAAGAUCCUGUGCGAUGUGCCCUGCUCUGGCGACGGCACUCUGCGCAAGAAUCCUGAUAUUUGGCUCAAGUGGAACCUGGCCCAGGCCUACAAUCUGCACGGCAUCCAGUACCGGAUCGUGCGACGUGGCGCCGAAAUGCUGGAGGUGGGCGGCCGCCUGGUGUACUCUACCUGCUCGCUGAACCCCAUCGAGAACGAGGCGGUGCUGCAGCGCAUCCUCAAAGAGGCCGACGGAGCCCUGGAGCUGGUGGAUGCGGGGCACUUGGUGCCGGGCCUCAAGUACAAACCCGGCAUGACCGACUGGAAGCUGGCCACCAAGGAGGUGGACCAGAUCUUUACAAGCUUUGACCAGGUGCCUGAGAGUCUGCACACCAUUAUACGGCCCGGCAUGUUCCCGCUGCCCGCCGACGAGAUGGCCAAGAUCGGGCUGGAGAAGUGCCUGCGUGUGCUGCCGCAUCUGCAGGACAGCGGCGGCUUCUUUGUGGCCGUCCUGGAGAAGCGCCGUCAGCUGAGCUUCGAAAAGAACGAUGUGGUGGAGGUGGUUGAGCAGAACGAAAAGGCCAAGGAGCCGGCAGCUGAGCCGCAGCUGGAUGAGGAGGGCAAGCCCAUUGAGGAGAAGUCCGUGCCUUGGGGACCGCAGCGGAAAAAGCGACGCCUGCAUGGCUACAAGGAGGAUCCUUAUGUGUUCUUUGGCGAGAACGAUGCCGACUACGAGGCCAUCAAGGAGUUUUACCAGCUGGACGAAGCCCUCAACCAGCGAUGCCUUCUGACGCGUUGCAUCACAGACAAGAAGAAGAAUAUCUACUACUGCUCGGAACCCAUCCGCGAUUUGGUGCUCAACAAUGAGCACAACAUCAAGAUCAUCAACACGGGCGUGAAGACAUUCGUGCGCUGCGAGAACCGACACACGGUGCAUCCGUUCCGUUUGGCCCAGGAGGGUCUGCAGACCUCGAAUGCUUUCAUGGGCGCCAACAGGCGAAUCCAGGUGGAGCGGGAAGAUCUGGUGAUGAUGCUCAACUGCACCGAUCCCACACAGCCGCCGUCGACGCACGAACUGAGAAAGGAAACGCAGGAGCGUUGCAAGGAAUUGGGAGUGGGCAGCUGCAUCCUCAAGUACGUGGACGAGCGGUUCACCCUGUACACGGUGGGUUGGCGCGGCACCUCCAGCCUGCGCGCCUAUGUGCACAAAGACGAGACCAUCCACAUCCUGCGACUGCUGGGCGCCGAUCUCAGCAAGUUCGAGACCAACAAGUACGAGGAUGCGAGAAUCGCGGCUGCUGCUGCGGCAGAGGCAGCUGCAGAAGCUGGCAAGGAUGCCGAAGGAUCCGAGUCCUCGGGCGAAGGUGCCGCCGCGGAGUCCGCAUCCCCUGACAAUGGUGCUGCAGAUGCUGCCGAAUCAACGACCACGCCCAUGGACACCGAAGAGGUGGCCACGAAAAGCUAGUGCUCACUCGGAGUAGCUCCGAAAUCUAGCAUUUAAGCGGACCAUUUGUAUAAUUAUUACGAAUCAAAAGUAUAUAUUCCCCUCAAGUGGACAAAGUUAAACAAUUUGGAUUAUUAUUUUCUAGCUAUGUGUAAAGUAUCCACUAGAACAAGAACAACCCAAGCGAAAGUCGUUGCAUUUUUAGUACGUUUUUGUUAUAAAAUGUUACAUUUAUGUUUUAUUUUUCCCAGUAUAAAUAUAUCGUAUGUAAAGUAUAUAAAAAAAAGUUCAUUAAAAAAUUACACAUACUCUUUA